AUGACUGUGCUCGAAUUAACGCAACUGGACACUGUUACUAUCCUGAAGUGUUCUGCAGCUCUUUUCGUGUCUUGGUACAUCAUCUCCUCCAUCAUCUCAUGGUACAAGCUGAGACAUGUCCCGGGUCCUUUCCUGGCCAAGUUCUCCCACUUCUGGUCCAUCUACCACAAUGUCAUCGGUGACAUUGGCCCUAUUCACCUCACCCUGGAGAAAUACGACUCACCUCUGGUCCGCACCGGGCCUCACUACAUUGUAACCUUGGACCCGGACGUCUGGAAGCAGGUCAAUGGCGCCCGCAGCACCUACCAGCGCGACCCGUGGUGGUCGGCCAACCGCAUGGACUACAGCAGGCCCAGCCUGGCAGACACACUGGACACGGUAUCUCACGAUAAGGUCAAGGCCAAGUUGGCGAGCGGCUACAGCGGACGAGACGUCGACCUGGAAAAGAUUAUCGACAUCCAGAUCGCUAAGUUCGCCGACGUGCUCAGGAGGAAGCAUAUCACCAGAGAGAAGACCGACUUUGCUGACCUCAGUCGCUUCUUCACGCUUGACGUUAUCACUAGACUCGCCUACGGAAAGGAGUUUGGCUGGGUGGAAGCCAGCGAAGACCUCUACGGGUACGGCGCGGGGAUCAACACCUUUACUGUACUAGGUUCCAUAAUGUCCGAUGUUACGUGGCUUCAUCCCCUUGCGCGUUGGAAUUUCAUCAGCAGAAGAUUCAAGCCGAGACCAACGGACAAGGAGGGUGUGGGCAGAGUCGUCGGGUAUGUUGCAGACAAAAUUCGAAGACGCUUUGAAGUGGACGAGAAGGAUGCUAGAGACAUGGUAGGGUCUUUCAUGCGUCACGGGCUUAGCGUUUCCGAGAUCGAGGCCGAGGCCCUGAUCCAAAUCUUCGCUGGUUCUGAUACGACUGCCACCGUCAUCCGCUCUGUUAUGUUGCAUUUGAUUGCAACACCAAGAACCGACAUCAAAAACGCUCUUGCCAAGGGGAGUGUUUCAGUGCCCAUCGCCCUCGCGCAAGCACAAUCCAUGCCGUACCUCCAGGCUGUAAUGUGGGAAGGUUUUCGCAUGCGGCCGGCCGUGACGUACGGCCACUACAAAGUGGUGCCUCCAGGCGGCGAGACGAUCGCCGGUGUAUGGGUUCCAGGCGGCACGGCUAUCGGACACUGCCACUACGGCAUGAUGCGCAACAAGAAGAUCUUUGGCGAGGACGUCGACAUCUUCCGGCCCGAGCGGUUUCUGGACUCGCCGAACAAAGAAGAGAUGCAGAAGACGGUGGAGCUGGUGUUUGGCACCGGCCGCUGGAUGUGUGCCGGCAAACAGGUGGCGCUCAUGGAGCUGAACAAGAUCUUCUGGGAGCUCUUGCGCCAGUUUGAUUUCCAGCUCGCAGAGCCGCACAAUGCCGGAUGGAAGGAGAGGACGAACCUUAUAUUCACGCAUAGUGACAUGUGGAUCAAAAUCACCGAGGCCACGGAAGUGUAG